AUGAGCGACUUCGGCAAGCUGUCCGGCCCUGUUACGAUGGAAGAGCCCGCGAUACGCCAAGGGGUUUACAUCACGGCGGUCUACGUCUUAGUUUUCUACGCUUGCAUCAUCGGGCAAGCGAGCGCCAUGUGGAAGGUUGCAGCUUCUUACAGAGCGCGCGGCGAAAGGUUCGAACGGUACUACAAUGUCAAGGACAAGGCUAUGCUCGCCUGGGACAGGAUAGUGGGCAACCUUCUCGAGCAAGCGAUGCCGUUCUUGACUCUCUUCUGGCUAAACAUCGGCCUUGCGGCCCUCGGGGCGACUAGCCACACCGGUGUCGCCAUCGCCGGUUGGAUCUACGUGGUGUUCCGGGCCCUCUAUCCCGUUAUGUGGCUCAGCGGAGGAGGCGGGCGGGCGGGGCCCCGUAGCAAGAUUCUGUUCGUGACCCCUGUCAUGUGA